AGAGGAUCAUAUAAGAUUAACUCGAUCAGUUUCCGAAUAACAAUGAACAUGAUUCGGGUAGAGAUAUAGAGGAAAGUUUGGCUUUAACGAGUGUACAUCUAAAUUUCGAGGGAUACCCUAGAGCUUCCAUUUUGAUCUUUGCGUGGAUUACCGUGUUGUCACAAUUUGUGAUGAAAUUAUGGCGCAGUUAAAAUUGAUAUAUCGUCCUAAAAAGAGGUUGUUAUCAUAAAUAGUGCUAAAAUGAAUAAUACCAAUAUUCAAUGUUUAUAAUUUUAGGUUGAAAUAGUGAUUAUGCGUCAACUAACAACGCUGUUUGUUGUUACAGCUGAUUUAUUUUAUUCGGUGUCAGUCCCAACACCUCCUAUUUGGUGUUGAUUACCUUUUGAGGCAACGUGCUCGUGUUUUUAGAGACUUUGAGAUGAUGUGUUUCAUCUAUGUUUGGUAACAAAUUAAGAAUUAUCAGUUUAUAAGUGACACAGCACGUUGUAGUUUUCAUUUUCCGUUUUGUCAGUGGUAACGAUGUCUUGUGCAGUGAAAACGUGUAAAAACAUUAAAAGGUUUAAACCUGAAGGUAUUUCCUUUCACCAUUUUCCCAGAAAUGUCGAAAGAUUAAAGCAUUGGUUGCAUAUUCUUGAUAUAAGUGCAACUGAACCCAUUGAUAUACAGCAGUGGCGUAACAAAUUUGUUUGUUCAGUUCAUUUUAGAGGUUGUGAUUAUAUACAAACAACUUACAAUAAAAAAGUAUUGAAAGAAGAUGCGUUUCCGUCCCAGUAUAUACUUGGUAAACCUUACGCUGUUAAAUCGACAAAUAAGGAAAUUGCUGAUAAUGCCUACAUAAGUUCCUCAUUUACAACCCAUGCUUCUCAAAGUAGCCAAACAAUGGAUACCCAGAGCCCAAAAGCUGGUACUGUACAACGGAAUAGGAAACUUAUCCAAUCUAUUGACAGCUUUAGCAUUGCACCUGGAACUGUAAAAACAAAAACUGAUCAAGUUAGACAGCACCAAAUGGCAUACCAAAAGCAACUUAAUGCUGCUAGACAAUGCAUAAAUGUCUUAAAAAUGCAAGAAAAACAAAUCAAGAAAAUGAUUUCGCUUGGCAGACUCUCCACUGAUUUUAGUUCAGAUGUAAAAGAUGAAAUUGAAAUAGAUGAACAUCUGUAUGAAAUCGACAUUUGUAAUGUGAAAGAAGAAGUUGAAAUUGUUGAACAUGAAUUGAAAGCAGAGCCGCAUGAAUUCAAUGAUAUAGAUGAUGUUAUAUCUCUUCCAGAUGGAUUUGUUACAGGUGGCCAAAUGUGUUAUUGUUCUAAUUCUCGUGGACCACUCGUACAUUGUUAGACAGAUUAGCAAGUAAAUACAAUACUAAUACAGAAAAAAAGCAGAUGAGUUUAUCAGUAACCGAAAUCGUAUGCGCAUGUGCCAGGCAGCCAUUUUAUAAUCGGUAAGUCCAUUAACCACACUUCAACUAAAGCGAUUAUAAACAAACUUUAUUGUUUAGCAUAUUGUACUCAUUAAUAAUUAUUUGUUUUAUUUCAUGUACUUCUAUUUUUUCAUGGUUUCCCUAAAGCAAAAAGGAACUCAAGAAAAAGAUGUGCAUAUCGACAUUGUCCUACCUGAAUGGAUGAAUAUACCAGUCUCUUUGUUUAUCAAAAUGACCCAGAAAGGCAAGAAUAUUGAAAAAUAUUUGGCUUGAUUGUACUAUCGGUAAAUUUGGAAUAUGUGAUUUAUUUUGAUAAUUUUUGAUGUACUUAUUUUAGUAAUAAAAAACUCGAAAAUAUAAAA